AUGAAACAACUGAUGAAGGACACCAACCUCUGCUCUGACGAUAUUAUCCGCGCUUUUAUCUCGCUCCGGGCCAAGGACCGCUUCCCCGGGAUUGAAUCUGACCGGCGAGGCCCUUGCCGGAAGCGUGGUCUAGACAAAUUCGACCCGGACCCCGUCAUCCAUUGGCAAGAUCUGAAGAUGGGCCGUACUCCAGCCUCGCGCCUCGGCAAAUCCCCGCCGGAACCAUCCGGUUCGUCUGACGACCUGACCUUGCUUGAGAAGAAGAAGAAGCAGCCAAGCUCUUCCCCCAGCAAGACCACGCCGGACGCUCCAGCGCUGGCCUCUUCUACACCGCACCCGGAAGCUCUUAUCCUUGAGCCUACGGGGACUACUCCAACACCGCCGUCAAGCCAAGGACCUCCUGCGGCUACGCCCAAACCGCCGCCAGCGGCCCCCAAGAUCACCCAGUUCCUCAAGCCGGGGGCGUCCCGCGGAAAGGCCGUGGACGGCAGCGCAUCAAGCGGCUCGCAGUCUCUAGUGCUGCAUGUCGGGCCUGCCGCUGCUGCGGUCCCAGAAAAACCUUCCGGCCUCCUGGGCCGGAUUGUUGAGCUGAAGCGCGAGGGCAAGGACCUGGGGCAUCUUCUCCCCUAUGCCCAAAAAUGGAACGAUGCGGACAUCUCUGCAUCCACCCGCGGCUUGGGGAAGGACCGCCUUCCAGCGCCAGAUCCUGCUGGGCCCCGGUCCACUGAAGAACACUUCAGGCGGCUCAAGCGUGCCGUGAAGGAGUUUGACAGUGCGUGGUACGACGCCACCAGCAAUGUGGUGAGCACCGCUGAUGCCCGGAAGCAGCUCUUCGAGGAGCUCCUCUGGGAGCAUCGGUACCUUGCCGAGGCUCACAGCCACUGCCAAGCUGUUCCGGAAGCUACCAUCGAGGCCCUCAAGACGCAGCUUGCCGCCGCCCAAGAGGAGAAGGACAGACUUGCGCUAAAGGCUGCUGAAUCCGCUGCAGAAGCCAGGCUGAACGAGGCGCUGGAGGAUGCCGACAAUGCCAAUGUGGUGUUGCGGGCUGAGCUGGAAGAGGCCGCCAAAGCGCAGAAAGCAGCCGAGGGCAAGGCCACCAAGGCGCAGAAAGCAGCCGAGGACAAAGUGGCGCGGCUGGAGGCGGAACAGAAGGAGUACGACCUUCUGGUUACGCGAACUGACACGCUUGCCCUCCGUACGCUUCUCUUUUUCUCUUUCGGUUCCUGCUUAUAA